GCGUCCGUGGCCGGCCGGUUUUCUUUUCUAAUUUUGUGACUAGAUCAGGAUUUUAAAAUUUAUUAUUGAAUAUUUUAAAUUAAUAUUUAUUGCUGAACUACAGUUAAGUUAUUACAAAUGUUUGAUCUUGUUGAUAUUGUUAAAAAGGCUCUUCUUAAUUGAGAGAAGGUCACAUUGUUUUGUCAUGUAUUUAUAGUUCAAUCUAAACUUCUAAUGAGUCUCAGUGGAGUAAUAUGUGAGACGUGGAAAUUCCGUAGGUUAAAUGUGUGGUAAAAUCAAAUCCUUAGCAUGUCUACUGUGUAAAGAAAAUAUUUUUAGAUUCAUUUUGUUAAUGUUGUUGAAGUCUUACCUGUAUUCCUAGCCUGUGAUAUGUGUUUCUGUGUGGUGAGCGAUCUUUGAUACGAACUGUAAUGGAUAAAGGGGCGAAGUUGGCUCGCGUGGGUGUAGUUCUAUACCAGUCAGGGGCUGCUUUCAGCCAAUUAUGCGUCGUGAUCAGCCAAGUUAGUUUGGCUGUCAGCCAAUCCAGUCUGGUCGUCAGCCAGUCCAGCGUGACUCUCGGACAGUUUAUACUCGCCUUCAGCCAGAUCAGCAACUCCGUCAGUCAGUACGUCUUUUUGGCCAAUCAACUCAGCAGCCUGAUCUUGCAGUUCAGCGCAGUGCUGAAGAAGUUGAGUGAGGGUAUCAGCGCCUUCAGCAAGGAAGUUCAGAGGUUCAGUGUGGUCAUGGUGCAGUUCAGUGUGGCGUUCAGACAUACCAGUAUCACCUUGGCGUAUUUCGGAAGGGCUUGCGGCGUUUUUGUCCUGAGUCUCCGAAGCGGAAGAAAGAUACCCUGGGUGUCGAUCUGUGUGGUGGUGCGACAGUGCAGUGAAGCUGUCUGCGGGUUAGGGGUUGCACUAGGCGAGUUCAGCGCCAUCUUAAGUAUCUUCACCACAUUGAAUUCUCAACUGUGCAGAGUAAUUUAUCUCCAGAUGAUGUCCAAAACGACGUGCGGAAUGAUUUUAUCGUUGGCGAAGAAAAUACGCCAGAUGAGCAUAGGUGUUGCUCAACUUAGCAGGGCGAUUUAUCAGUUGAGUCUGACAUGUGCACAUGUCACUCUCGUGGGGCAGCAAUGGUCCGUUGUACAGAAUCUUCUUCCAGGGUCAACGGACACUGUAGUCAGGGUCACAACGUCACCGAUAUAUUUACUAAGGCAGACUGUAAACUGUCUUGUAAUAUAUUUUCAUUGGGGUGCAGUGAGAUUGGGGACGAUUUUUAUCAUUCAAAUUAUGAAAUUUUCUGAGUUUAUUGUGGCUUCAGUUCAGAAUUUGGUUGAAAAGAUAAAAUGUUAUGUGGAAUGCCGCUUUUCGAAAGAGAAGAAAUCUGCUCUCACACUUGCUUCAAAUUUGGAUAUAGCUGUUCCUGUGAUACUGUCUUGUAGCGUGUAUGUGGAUAAGUAUUCGUGUGUGACUUUUCGCAAGGAACUUUUUCGUUUUCAUGAUAGCCUGUUCAGGAAGAAGAAGAGAAAAUCAAGAAACACUCCAAGACAGAUUGAUACUGUCUACAUAAAUGUAUUUAUCGACAGUGUUGUCUAUAGUUGUCGGAUUAAAUCAAUUUCGCCUUCCUUUGGAACACUUGAAAUGAAUUUUACUAAUGCUAUUUUAAAUGUGAUUGAAAAUGUUUUUGUUUUAAGCAGUCAAACUUGUGUAGAAAUGUGUCCACUUUUUGAUCAAAAUGAGGGAUACAGUUUGGACGUACCUUUAAAGAAGAUGUUAAAACUUAAUGAGCCAGUGGAAGUUUUAACUGUAGAUUUAAUGAGUAAUUACGAGUAUAACUGCCCUGAGUGUCACUGUAAUUGUUUUGUUUAGUUGUAAUAUUCUAUAAGUUAACAUUUACACCAAAUGCAAAAUAAUUUCGUAACUGUCAGAAUUAAAAAUGUGAUUAGUUUUUCGGGCUCUUCAAGCUUGUAUUCAAUUAAUUACGAGACAGUGGAUAUAAAAAGGAAUACUGUGUUCCUGUAAACAAGUAUACAGUUCUUUCAUCUAACCUUUGGCCAAGUCGCGUUUCUUUCGUUUGUGAAUAUUUUAAUGAGUACCUGGAACUCAGAGUUGAAAGAGAUUUUAUAAUUUCGAAAAGCUGUACAUUUAAACCUAUUUUCGGAACUGUAAGAAUCUCUGGAUAUCCUUAGAUCAUUAAUUGGAAGAACUUAUAACGAGAUAUUUUACAAAAGAUAUUUGCUACUUGAAACAUCUUUAAGCAUAUUAUCUGAACUUAUAAAUAAAAGUUUACUAGUUCAAAUAGCAUUACUAUUAUAAAUAUGUUACUGUUAAUAUUGAUAAAUAAGCGUCCAUAUUAUUACUUGAUAUUAUAAUUGUAACAGAAAGUCAGAUUUAAUUCUUAAUUUUCUGUGAGAGCGGGUUCGUUUUAGAGUUAAUUUCGUUUCCUAACGUGAUUUUGUGCAGCCUUUGGAAUAUGUCUCAUUUUUUGGAUGGAUACGUCAUAAUCCAGUCAAGUACAGGAAAUGACCUGAGGGAUGGCCUCGCUUAGUGGGUUCGAAGGGCCUCGGUACACGGCCCCACCCCUGGCCAGGUUUUUCCACAAGCUACCACAUCUUAACAUCAGCUUGCAUCUCGUCAACUCUACGUUUGCGCCGGACAGUGAAAUCUACCUUGAGUCACUGGGUAUCCUCGGUUCCUUGCCUGCAGCCUGGCUGAUCCUCACUCUGUUCCUGCUGCUGGUCUAUUUACUCACUCGCUGCUGCGAUCGCAAGCCUCGGCCCAAACACAGCAUCGUCAUCCUCAAAUGGACACUUUCCUUCUUCACAAUUCUGUGCUGUGGUGCCGUGGGAGUUGGUCUCUACGGCAACGAUGAUGUACACAACGGCAUGCUGGAACUACUUACAGCAGCACGCUCCAUCGAUGAUAUUAUCGGCAACAUCAAGAACCAGACGGGUGCGAUAGAAUCAACGCUGAAGUUGAAGGUAACUCCACUGCUUACCGAGCUGGGAGAUGUGUUUGACGAUCCUGUGGCCAACCAGACAGCACGUGCCAUGCUCUUAGCAGCCCUGGCUGCCAUGACAGGCAACACAACAUCUGCGCACAAUAGCCUGCAAGACAUCAUGCGGCCACUGCGGGGCGUGUCACUGUCCAACACAAUUACUGCGGUGCACAUCGCAGAGGCUAUCAGGUGGCCAGUCACUAUGGCGGUGCUCAGCAUACUGUUGGUGUUUUGUGUUGUGCUGCUCGUCGGAGUGGCAAGGCACUCUAGAUGUGCCCUUAUCACGUUUUCUGUGUUUGGAUUAUUUGCAGUGAUUAUCUCAUGGCUGCUAGCUUCAAUAUAUUUAACAGCAUCAGUGGCAAUAGGCGACCUGUGCAACAACCCGAAUGCAUUUGUCGAACACGAGUCGCCAUCGUCACUGCAGACCGAUAUCCUCGAGUACUACACUACUUGUGAGACAAGGCGUAGCAACCCAUUCAGUGUCGUUGUACGUAAGGGAACAUCGGCUAUUGACGCUGUCUUCUACAGCCUCAGCGCAGUCUCUAAACUGAGCAAACAGCUCUACCCGCCUGCACAGCUCCAUCCGCAGUUGGAUGUACUGACCACUGAGGUCAACUUAGCCAUGAAACUCAUCUCUGGACUCGCUGCACUCUUGGACUGUCCUCCAAUACACCGAGAGUACAUGCAUGCACUGCAUGCUAUCUGUGAUCUGGGCCUGUUUGGCUUAACAUUCAUGCUUGCAGCCAGUGUGGGUGCUGGGUUUUUUUUCACCGUUCUGGUCUGGCUAGAUUCACACACCUGGAUUUACAUUCGAAAGAAACGGGACUAUCUACAAGUGGAUGAACAAGAUCCAUUUCUGCCGCCGACAGCUGCGUCGCAGGCGAUCGCAGCACGAACGCUUCGCAACCAAGGAGAUGGGCGUGGCAGUGCUGGCCUCACCAGCGGAGUUGGUGGAAGGAGUUUCGGUGAUCGAGGGAGUCCAUAUGAACCUGGCCAGUACGCGACUCUGAACCGAAAGUUUCGAACUCUUGAACAUCCUUCAGUGGGGGUACGGAGGGCAGGCCACUUGGAACCCGGCAACUCACACACGCUGGGAAGCUCACACAAGAAGCUGCGGCCGGUAGAUGGACGUCUUGGUGACGGACCAGGACAAUACUCCACUCUGAGCAAGAAGUGCAAGACGCUGGAGUCCUCGGACUUCUACUGAGCGCCGGCCUCACUGACCUACUCGGUGUCCGGUCACAUGCCCAGUCAAGGCUUUGGUCUCGGCUACGGUAAUGUGACUCCCACUCCGAGUGACUACAUGGUCACGGAGAUGUAACAGUGAGGCCGGCGGAAAAGCAGUUUAGUUGUGGAUUAGUUGGUGGUACUGGAGUGAUUUCUCAGCUCUACGGGAAAUUUAAGAAUGGUUAUCCUCAGAGAGGAUUUUCAGUGGAGGCGCUGACUAGAAUUUUCACAACCUUGUUGAUUUUGUGUUACCAAUGUACCUCGACAUGGUUUAAAACACGAGUAAUAUGUUGAUAGAAUUUCUCUGGUGUGCUGUGGUAACAAAUGAAAUGGAAAUCUAUCUAAUGUCAUUGAGACUGUUUUUGCCUACAUUUCAAAAACUUGAAUCGUGGAUUUUUAAAUUGUGCUAUUUUGUAAGGUGUUCACUCAAGAUUUGAUGUCCAAUAAUUUGCUAAAUUGGAAGAAAAAAUCACAAAAAAGACCACCAUGUCUUUGAACAGAAAAAUAAUGUAUUUACAGUACCUUUUAUUGAACAUUAAACAAUGCAAGCCUUAAUUUCUUAACAUAUUUCAGUACUAAAUAUUUCAAUGCAGUUUAGAUAUUAAUCUUUCUUAAUUUUAUUUGAAAGUUUAUCAUGUUGAAUACUAUACCGGAAGAAUAUAGAUGAUUACCAACAUUUUUAAGGUUAAAUAAAUAUAGCAAAACGUCAUAUUCAGCCAUUAGAAAUGGUUUUAAUGUCUAUUUUAAAAUAUUUAUUUUUUAUAUAGUUUUACUAGUACCAUCUGCAGUAUUGAAUUAAUAUGUGUUUAUAAUAAGAAUCACUACACAUGGUAGUGUAAUAAAGCCUUGUGUCAGGUUGUUUCAAUAAUUAAUACAACUGUGUAUAAUAAUAAAUUACUUCAUUUACUGUAAUAUCAGAUUAAAGUUUGUACUCUUGGAUUCCUUUGUUCAAGCUAAGAACACAUCUUUGUGAUCGUCAUUAUUGCAAAGACAUUAAAACAUCAAUAAUUAUUAUUGAAUAUUCCUUUUUAGACUUUUUUUGUCUACUGGGGUAUACAAAGUGGGAACAUGCACAUUUCAGGAAAAAAUCUAAUUAACCCAUUGCGGAUCGUAUUGUUUUGGCGCGCGGGCACCAGCGGGCGCGAAUUAAUUCACGGUCAGCGGCCGCACGAACAGCAAUGGUGCGCCACAUCGUAUCGCUCGCUAUUGUAUACUAGAAAAUUCAGCUGCGAAGGUAUUCGUUCAGAUGGAACAUGGGCCUGCUGGGAUAUCCGUGAUAUAGGAACUAUAACACGCGAGCAAGGUUACGGCGUGGCAGGAAUUAUGUCUGAAUCAUAGUCUAAAUAAAGCGGCUCGGGCGAAUCGAUUGCAACAUCCGGGCCAUUGUCUAGACUAAACCCACCAACAUGUACG